AUGUGGAUAGUCUGUCUGAGCACUCGUGACAAUGGCACCCUGAACCUCGCCAUCAUUCAUCUCGAGACAGUCUACCAAGCAGCACAUUUAAUUCCUGUCUACGGACAUGAUUUCAUUCCUAACAACAUACAGUACUUUCAUUCUUAUGAUGCUUUCGGCGCAUACUAUGUUAACAAAUUCACAGAUCACCAUGCCUUCGAGAUAGCAUCAUAA